AUGUUUUUCCCAUCUGUAGAAGGCGUACGCCUAGCCACACCAGAUGACUUGGAUCGCAUUUCAAUUGUUGCGGCUGCCGCGUUCUUUUCGUCACCCACGUUCAAAUUUCAGCGUAUCCAUUAUCGAAAGUUCCCUUUGGACACGAUAGCUUCUUACUUUGUCCAGUACAAGAAAGCUAUGAAAGAUCCUGCAUGCGUGGUACUCGUCGCCGAAGACGUUAUCGACGAAGACGAAUCUGAGCAUGUCUACGACGCAAUACGCGAGUCUUUCAAGUCGGUAGCGCUGCGACGAAGAGGCAUUGUAGGAGUAUGCAGUAUUCAGCUCAAACCCGAAUCUGCAUAUACCCAUCAGUUCCAGCCUCCAGAGAUGCUUGCUAACCCCAAUGAGCGGCUGAGUGCUUAUGACCUCGAAAGAGACCAAAGUAUUGAAGCUGCGAAUAUCUAUGAUGCGGUCACGCGUCCGACGAAGCUCAAGUAUGCAUGGGCGAUACAUCUAGAUGGAGAUUGCUGA